UACCGCAAUGUUGGGUAACGAUGCAUGUCAAGCAAUCCAACCUUCAUGCCAGCUAGCUUUACCCAUGGCUGGCUGUGGCUCUUCUGCUAUUUCAGAUCUACAUGGUCUUCCCCUAUGUCGGUAAAGCUCAGUUGAGGACUGUAAUUGGAUAUGUUUUAUCGGGCUAUGUCAAGUUUAGUUACUAGUAAAAUCUUACCAUCCCACUGUGUUAUUGGAACAUGAGUGAUAUUGGCAGCACCACCAGUCAGGAAACAUCAGAAGUUUUUCUUGUUGCCCAGAGCAAGUGGCAGGCCUCACAUGACCUCCUAUGUUUGGCUGUAAGUGGAGGCAGCUGACAAACUCUCAUGUGGCUUCUAUUACCUCCCUGGGCCCCAUUUCCUGUUUUUGAAUAUUCAAUCAAUAUUUACUUUUGCUGCUUUGAAAAUAGGCUGUUGCUAUGAUCUAAUUUUAUGUUUUGUUAAAAUAUUUGUAUUUCUUUGAAUGUGAUCGCCAUGAUCUUAUCAGUAAUAUUUUAAAAAGCUUUCAGUGUGUACUUUUUGAAUGUAUUUAUGCAUGUGGGGGCAGCUGGUUUUCUCAUUGAUUAUGCAUGCUUUACCUCCCUGUUGGUAGUGCUGCAUAGUUAGUGAUGACUCUUUACUGUGCCUUUUGUGCAAGUCUUUGGUCAGAAUCACAUCAGACCCGAUAGCAAUAGACCCUCUGUAAAUACAACUGAGCUGUUUACACUAGUCAAUAAAGUGUAUCGCUAACCAAAACAUAUUAUCCUUGGUUUGGCUAGAGAGGGGAGGGUUAGAAGCACUGUGAGUUUUUGUUUGUCAUCUGUGUCUGGUUUGUCUUGAGGGGGGAAAUGGCAACCUUUGUUUUACCUUUAAAAAAAAAAAACUAGAGUAUGGAAUUUUUAAUAUUCUGUUUCUUUCAUGAAUUACCUGUACUGUAAGUUUGUGUUUUUAAAGGGUCUGUCUACCCAAAAGGUUUGGUUGGAUUACACUGAACUUGUCUCUGUUGCCAGGAUUAGGAAGUAUAGUGGAGACAUCAGAGAUGUGGGGACGAUGGCUGAGGAAUCGGAAUUGCCAAGUCUAGAGCAGCUCAGAGAAGAGGAGCAGCAGAGAGCUCCUCAAGAGAACAAGAGUCCAGUCAAUUCUGUUGAUCCGCCUCUACCAUCUUUCGUUGUCAACACAUUCAAGAAUGAGGUCCCCGAUGGCCAACAAACAAGAAUUGCCCAAAUUGAGCCUCCGGAUCUAACUCUAGGUUUAGACGAGCAGUGUCAGACUGUAAAUGCACAAGAUGGGUCAGCUCUUCUGCUUCAGGGUGUUUCCGAAGAAGCACACCACUGUUAUUCUGUAGAGCAUAGAGAAGACCCCAAGGCAGCAGGCAUUACUUCUCAAGAACCUUUAGAAUCUAGUAACAUUAUUACUGCAGAUAAAGAGGAGCAGUUUGUAAACACUCUUGAGCACUGCACUUUAAUGGAGGAAUGCUUGAAGAAAACACCUGAUGGUCUCGCUUCAAAAGAUCAUGAGGUGGGUAGUGUAGACAGUGACUCAAGUAGGGCAGAAAUGCAUGAAGAAUUAGAGCACACCUCCUUAGUAGUGGGUGAUAUGGACAAGGAAAAUGGAAUGCCUAGUAUUGUGCUUAAUGAGAACUUGCCACCACAGUCUGCACUAAUUACCUCAGACAGGAAUUCGGAACUGGAUGACGUGUCCUCAGCACAUUAUAACUUGAAACGGUCUUCUGAUAUUUCCAGCGAGUGUUCUAGAGAAACGUCACUUGUGGAUUCUGCUGAUGUAGGAUUUUUUGAGGAUCCAGAAGCUGGUAAUGUAGGUGCAGAAUAUGAGAGUGACCUCAAGGAACCAAGUGAUUCUGCUUCCACUGACAUUUUGUUGGAGGAGUCUUUAGAUUUCCCAGGCAUUUCUUCAGUGGUCGAAACUGUCACUCCUGAGGUAUCGCCACCUACUACCCCAAUUCAGCGUGAGGAAGAUGUUUCUACAGAGAGCUGGCGAAUCAAACGGAGGCAUGUCUUUGUCCUGAGUGAGGCGGGAAAGCCCAUUUACUCACGUUACGGUAACGAGGAGGCUCUGUCUUCCACCAUGGGUGUCAUGAUGGCGCUGGUCAGUUUUGUACAGAGCGGUGAUAACUCAAUCCGGUCUAUCCAUUCAGAGAAUCAGAAAGUUGUCUUCCUGCAGCAGGGACCCCUGGUAUUGGUGUCAGUAUCCCGUUCCCCUCAGUCGGAUGAGCAGCUAAGACUGGACCUUCUUUAUGUUUACUACCAGAUAAUUAGCAUGUUAACUCAGGCCAGCGUAGCUCGAAUCUUUGAAAAGAAGAAGAAUUACGACCUGCGGCGUCUCCUUGCUGGCUCAGAGAAAAUCCUGGACAGCUUGCUGGACUUGUUAGACACUGACCCUGGUUUUCUGUUGGGUGCUGUGCAAUGCCUGGCCUUACCCAGCCAGCUCCGUGAUUCCUUGAGCUCCAUACUGACUAAGGCCAUCACCAACAAUCUGGUGUUUUCCAUAUUGGUGGCUGACCAUCAGCUGGUCACUGUAGUACAGGAACGGGCUGUCAUUGAGGACUGUCGCCUGGAUCCUGCUGACCUUCAUCUUCUACUGAACCUAAUCGGGGCCUCCUCAGCUUUCCAAGCCGGUGAGAUCUGGACUCCCAUCUGCCUCCCACGCUUCAACCCUGAUGGCUACUUUUAUGCCUACAUCUCCUACUUGGAUCCCCAGUGCACAGUGUGUUUGGUGCUGCUGUCCACUGACAAAGAGUCCUUCUAUGCCGUAUCUGGUUGCAAGUCAAAGAUCCAAGAGGCCAUGAAGGCCCAGAACUCUUUGCAGGCUCUAGCUGGUGCGUUGCGGUGCUGCUCAUAUAGUGUGUCUCUUGUGGGUGUGCCAGAGCUAUUGCACUUUAUAUACAAACCCCUGGACAUCCCGGAUAUCUACCGACAACUUCCUCAAUUUACCAGCCCUGAGCCCGAUGGCCCAUAUUCCAGUGAGGAGGAGAAGCAAAGACUGUUUGACCUCUACCGUUAUCUUCAUUGCCGGAUGCACAGCUCAGCAAGACCACUGCGUCUGAUUUACCAUGUGGCGGAGAAAGAAACAAUGCUAGCAUGGGUCACCAGCAAAUUUGAACUGUACACAACGUUCAGCUCUUUAGUGACUAAAGUGGGCGCCAUUAAUGUCAUCACCAAACUCCUCCGUUGGAUCAAGAGAGAGGAAGACCGCCUAUUCAUAAGAUAUCCACCAAAAUAUUCCACGACUCCUCUACCCGGCAAAGGUGGGAAAGCAAGCCGAACAGAUAGGACUGACCCUUCCCAGAAUGGCUUCUUCACUGGUCUUUAGCGACUAAGAAACCGUUUUUUGUUUAGGUGGACCAGCAAGGAUUGGCUCUUGUUGUGCUAUGUACAGUGUCACCUGACACAUACACUGAGACUCUCCCAUUGUGGCACAGAUGGACUGGGGUGGUCCAGUAGUUUUCUAGGUGGCCUAACUUUUGCAGCUGCAGCUGAAGGGUCACUUUAUGCAAAACGAAUCUAUAGGUGAGGUUUGCAGUGUUGAACUCCACCUUCUGUAUCUUAUAUCGCUUUGGGACUUUAGGAUCCUGUGUCCAGCUUUCACUACUUCACCCUAUCCCCCCCCCCCCCCCCCCAAGUCUUACUCCUUAAAUUACAUCCUCUAUAAAUAAGUAACAAUUCAAACAGGUAGAGUAAGACAAAAAAAAACUAUACGAUACCGCUCUAGAUCGGCCCACCUUUAUCUGCUCAGAUACCUGUUGCUAGUCCAGCUUGUAACUAAAGGAAUCAUGAAGAAAAUUGUGGAUGACUGCAUUCCAGUAACUUCUUCUUUAUUGUAGUACAUCCAUAAAAACAAAUACACUAAGGCAGGAGCAGUGAGACCUCUAAUGCGUUUAAUGCUGUAGAGCACUUAAUCGCUGUUUUAAAAACAAUAUAACAUGAAAUGCAUUAAGAGUCUCCCCUCUUCUGCUGUAAUGUAUUUGUUUUAUGAAUGUACUACAAUUAAAGAAGUGUGGUGUGUUUUUUUUUUUUUUUUUUUUUUUUUUUUUUUAUACCAUAGUGCAGUCAUCCACAAUUUCUACAAAAUUGUGACACUUUCAUUGUAAUGGAAGCAACAGGUAGGCAGAGCCACAAUGUAUUAAAGUUGUUGGGUACUGCAGCAGUGAGACCUUCAAGCUGAGGAUUCCGCACCACCACGCUGCUUAGGAUUGCAGCUCAUUUAAUUUGCUGUAUUCCCCGUCAUGUAAAUUGAAUGAAAAUCUAGCAGAGAAAGCAUUAAUGACUGUGGCAGGAUGAGCAGAAGCUAGAACUUGUAUACAGAGAUCUUGCUAAUGGAUCCCCUGAUAGAUGUAAGAAGGUGGGGACUUAUUCAACUCAUCUGCAUUCACUCAAAGCCAAAAUAACAGUUUUACACAGACUGUUUUUUUAAACCGGCAAAUAUAGGGGGUCAGUUAUCCAUUCUGCAUUUACCACAAUGUGUUUUUCCUCUUCUCUAAGAUGAUUCUCACAAUAAAGCUGCUCCAGACACCA